AUGAAGAUCGCGGGGUUGUUGGUGUUAAAAGUCUGGCCGGACGAGUCAAGGGAGCCGGUGAUUUUAUGCAAAUCAUCCGACGUCAGCCAAUCCGGGUAUUUUAGGAGACCCAGCACUAAGGAACUCCAAUCAAUCAACUUUUUCGGUCGGACCUUUGCCGGUCGGACCCCGCCUGGCCAGCGUCAAUCGGUUCAGGAGCAAGAGUACACGGUGCAUUCAUACAACCGGAAUGGAUUGUGCGCAUUGGGAUUCAUGGACGAUGACUACCCAGUUCGGAGUGCGUUUUCCGUACUAAAUCAGGUCUUAGAUGAAUACGAAAAAGAGUUCGGCGAUUCGCGGAAAUCGGCCCAAACUGAUAGUAAUCAACCGUGGCCUUAUCUUAGUGAGGCCCUAUCCAAAUUCCAGGACCCUAUUAUGGCUGACAAAGUGUUGAGAAUUCAGAGGGAAACGGAUGAGACGAAAAUUAUCCUCUACAAGACCAUUGACAGUGUUCUUUCCCGGAAUGAGAAGCUGGAGAGUUUGAUUGAGAAGAGUUUGGAUCUUAGUAAAGCUUCAAAGUCGUUUUACAAGCAGGCCAAGAAAACCAAUCAAUGUUGUACCAUAUUAUAA